CGAGGAGGAGAGGACUUUAUUUAGGGAUUGCAUCACAACUUGCUGUAGUCGAUUCUGAACUUUCGGAACUGAUCGUGCUUGAGGACCCUGUCGCAGCUUUUCUUUUCUCCUCAAUUUCAACACGCGUGUAUCCAAGUCAACUUAAUAUGAAAACAUGUCUAUAAAUGAAGUGUACGUUUUCCGACCGUUCAAGUUCAUUGCUUUACUUUGUGUAUUUCUGGCAUUGUGUCUGGACAUCGUAGCGUUAUUGAGCCCCGCCUGGGUAACGGCAGAGCGUUUUUCUUUGUCGCUAUGGGAAUCAUGCACUGAAACAGAGGCUGGCUGGAGAUGCCUUUCCACCCUCACGUCUGACUGGCAGAUAGCCACCCUGGUGCUGCUGCUGGCCGGUGCUGCGGUGACUCUGGUGACCUUCCUGGUGGCCCUCAUCUCCCUGUGCCGGGGGACACACAGACGGCACUACCGCAUGGUGGCCGUGUUCCUGUUCACUGCAGUGGUCCUUCAGGCCUGUGCACUGGUCCUCUACCCAAUCAAGUUCAUUGAUGGAACCGUCCUGCAGACCUACCAUGAGUUCAAUUGGGGCUAUGGACUGGGCUGGGGGGGCACCAUCUUCAUGCUAGGGGGAGGCAUCCUCUUCUGCCUCCGGACGGACAUGUACGAGGAUGCUAUGUACUGAGUCCUCUCUCUCUCCUACUCUAUAUCUCUCUCUUGCUCUUUCUGUCACACACACAAACAAACAAAUAUUGACAUUCACUCUCUUGUGCGACAACACACCCACACAAUCACAAACACAUAAACACACACACUCCUUACUCUGCCCACAUAGACAAGCUUCGACGCCUACAUAUAGUAUAUCUCUGUUAUUUAUAGACCGGUUGAGAGGGCUCCUGGCUCUGGCUGAUCAGCAGGAGAGAUGAAGUCGGAGGAGCAGCUGUGUGGAGAGAAUGUCUGUCUGUCCCCAGUGGGGUGCCAGAGUAAGCUCCCAGAGACCCCCACCACGGUCAGACAGACAGACCGCCAUGUUGUUAAAGCAUAGAAAUGGUUUUGUACAGACGGGCCACUCGACCUAUGAACUUUUCUACAGCACGUCCCAUGAAUCUCCAUUCGUAGAGUAACAAGGAAGUAGAUUCUCUGAGCCCUACCCUCUGGGCUGAGGUGUUUAUAUAAGGGAUUGUUACAGUAUAUGGGCCAUCCCACCAAUUCAGUGCCUUUUGAGAAGUUUAACUUGGUUAAAAAAAUAUAUACACUACUGGUCAAAAGUUUUAGAACACCUACUUCUU